CCCCCUAUCUUCGAGUAUUCUCUAUCAAAAACUAUCAAACACCUUCCCCAUCCUUCUCUCCCAUAAACACACAAUGGCUGACAGAGUCUACCCUGCAGCCAAACCCCCCACCGACGCCGUCCCCACCGCCACAAACCAAGCCUUCCCCGCCACAAAGGCCCAACUCUACAGCAACACGCGCCCAGCCUACCGCCCCCAACCACACCACCGCCGCCGCAGCCGAAGCCGCUGCUGCUCCUGCUGCCUCUGGAUCAUCUUCAUCAUCCUCCUCCAACUUGUCAUUGCGGCCAUCUUUGGCGCAGUCUUCUACGUCCUCUACCGCCCUCACCGCCCCACCUUCUCCGUCACCGCCCUCAAACUCCAAACCCUAAACAUCACCACCAACAACCAGCUCACCUCCAGCUUCAACCUCAACAUCACUGCUCGAAACCCUAACAAGAAACUCGUCUUCUUCUACAACCCCAUCGCUGUCUCCAUCUAUUCCAACGACGUAGAUGUCGCCGACGGAGUCAUUCCCGCCUUUGUGCAUGGGAAGAAGAACACGACGCUGCUGAAGGCUAAAAUUUCUAGCAGCGGCAAAGAGCUCGAGAGCAGCGAAGUGAGCACUUUGAAGGCUGACAUGAAGAGCAAAAACGGGUUGCCGUUGAGGGUGAGGUUGGACACCAGAGUAAGAGUGAAGGUUUUCGGGUUAAAGACCCCGAAAAUGGGGAUUAGGGUUAAGUGUGACGGGAUUAGGGUUACUUCUCUUCCUACUGCUAAAGCUCCUGCCACUGUGUCUACCUCCAACGCCAAGUGUAAGGUUAAUCUUCGAGUCAAGAUCUGGAAAUGGACUGUGUGAGGGGAAAGUGCUUAAUUGAAAAAUUAAAAAAAGAAAAAGGAAAAGGUUUGUGAUAUAUUUUCUUUUAUUUUAAUUUCAAAGUUUUUAUUGUUCAUGAUUUUGUUAUAUAUAUUUCGAAUUUAUUUUUUAUAAUUUUUGUUCUUGAGUUUUGUUAUUGGAAGAAAUGGAGGUGGUGGUUGAUAUUGUAUAGUGUGUUAGGAAAGCAAGUUGUUAAAUUUCUUAUUAUGUAAAUGUUAUUUUAAGAAAAAAAUUGGGGUCUUAUUAAUUA